AUGUCGUCUGGGUCCCGGCCUAUCAACAUAUCUGACAAUGAACUACGAGCUAUGCUAGCCAUCCCAGGCUUUAUGAAUGGCCUCGACCGAGAUGGCGCUCUCUUUAAGACUCUCGAGCAGUUUCACGCCGCCGAACUCAUUACUGCCGCCGGUUCAGACGAGGAGAUGCAAUCCGUCACCGACGAGGACGAGGACAUGAACCACACACCCGUUUCCUCACCAGAGCUUCGACCGUUCGAAGCUCACCCGUCGUCCUCGCCAGAUGGCUUCUUCAACCGAACUAUCGAUGGGCUGCAGCGGCCGUCCACGCCUCGCCAUUCUAUGUCAAUUGACUCGUCUCCUGAUUCGUUCUUGUAUCGAGCGGCCGGCUCCAGCUCACCGCCAGUGCCACCGGCCUUUCAAAAUCUCGAUCAUAUAGCCCAGAGCAUUCAAGGUGGUGGUGAUGGUCGUGACGAAGAUGACGAAGAAGACGACGAGGAUGAAGGCGACGGAGAUGAGGAUGACAGGAUGUUUGGUUCUGCGGGAGGUGGCGCGGACCGGGAUGACGAUGAUGAAGAGGAAGCAGGUGGUGGCAAUGGCGACGGCGACGACGAAGACGAAGAUGACGAAGAAGAUGAUGAUUAUGCCCCCGGUACAGAAACCGACGACGACGAUGAUGACGACGACGACGAUGAUUAUGUCCCAGGUGGGGUUGCCAUACCACCUCCAGGCGGCAAGCCUCCUUGUCCUCGCAAAGGCAAGGACGCUAAGAACUCGAAGGGCAAGGGUGCCAGAGCACGGGCUGUCAUGCAAGCCGAGUGGCAUCUCAUCGAAGGCGGCGGGAAUCAACGUGUCCCUCACAAGGCCGCUCACCUUCUGAACAACAUGGCCAAUGUCAGCCACGCGCGCCUAGAUCGGUUCGUCGAGGCCAUUCUCUCUGUGGCCUCCGACCCAGGAGAAAUCAUCUCAAGCACCGCCUCCAUCCAGGCGCUCGCCAUACAACGCGCUUAUGAUCGAUGCCAGCGCUCCAAGGAAGUUGGUGUGGCGGCUCAGUUCUACUAUAUGGUAUCUGCGGCCGAAGUGGUUUUGUUUUGUCAACAAUACCAUGAGACUUUCUCCGCGCCCACCUCAAAGCUGAAGGUGUCAAAAGUUUACCGAGCUCUUCGUUCUGAGCUGCCGGCUGGAGCCAGUGUCGACCAGGUUGUAGACUUGAGGCGCUUUCGACACCUUCACACAAGGGGUCUGAAAUAUCUCAGUAUCAUUGCCGGUGUUGGGAUUUGUGGUUUGGUGAUCGUAGCAGGCUUGCAACUAAAGGCGUUCGUGGACGCUAUGCAAGUCCCUGUGCCCAGGAAAUUUGCAGAUGUGGUUCGGGCGCCCGCGACAGGCUCGGAGUUCAUUAGGCCCAUCAAGGGGCGUAUCAUCCCGGCUAUCUUACAUGUUCAGACUACAAUGGUGGCUGUCUGGAGGCUUCCCCAGGUCUUCAGAGGCUUCCAGAUGCUCUCGACGCUGGCUGAAACUGAUGACAUGAUACGCCUCGUACGCUUCAAGGAUUUCAAGAUAGAAGACCGCAACCAGCAGUUAUGGAACCCUGUGCUGUCUUUGAGUGUGAGCGCACAGCGCGUUAUCGACACCUCAACGGCUUGGACCCAGGUACCUGCUGGAUCCUCUUUCAAGUUACCUCCUGCUGAACCCCGCUCGUUUCCGCCCAUAAAGCACAUUCAAACCAAUUAUAACCGUGACCUGCCAUCUAAUCGAAAGCACCCAGUACCAUCCAAUCGGGCACAAGCUGAUGCCUGGACUGAAGAUCAGCGUACCUUGGCCGAUGAAGCCAAGGUUCCUAGCAACUUUGAACAUCUUCAAUCUCUGCUGUCUGAGCACUAUGGAGAAGAUGGUGCCCGAAAGGAUCGUGAUGCGUACAUCUCUAUUCCUGCGCAUGUGUCUGGCGAUGUGUUGCGGUUGGAUAACUCCGACGGUACCCUGUUGGUGUUUGUCUGCCGCGCCAUGGAGGAUUGGUUGCGCAUCAAUCUAUUCCAGACUUUACAGAUCUCUCUUGCUGACACCGCCGCCAUCAUGAACAUCAACACCGCUGAGGAACACAUGGAGUUCUUUUCUUACCUCGUUUGGCAUUUCUCCAUAUACAACCGACACGCAACCACGGGAAAGGACGCUCCUCCUGGUAUCAAUCCCGAAAAGUGGGAACGUAUUGGCGUCAAGACCAACUGGUCGCAGAUGCUGCCCUACAACUCAUCUGACAUGCGCGAGUUUCAAGAACUCUAUCUCCGGCUUCAAGUCGUCUUACAAGACUUCUUUGAAUGGUGUGAGGAAACUUUCCAUCACUACCUCCCCGACGAGAUGCGCGAAAUGCAAAUAUCCAUCGAGAACCUGCCCGGGUUUCACUGGUCUCCAACAGCACCGUUCGCUGGUUUGGUGAUCAAUAUCAACUGCUUGACGCAAGGGCAUCGCGACCGGGACUUACGCCUGUGCAUGGUCUCCGCGCUUGGAGAUUAUGUAGGGGGUGAGUUGUGCUUCUAUGAGCAGGGCCUGGUCAUACCUUUGCGCUCGGGCGAUCUCGUCAUAUUUCGUUCUUCUGAGACGACCCACUUCAACUUGCACUUUCAAGGCAGGCGAGCGUCACUCGUGUUUCACACUGACAAGGAGUUACGAGUGUUCGACGAGACUGAGAACCAUUGGGGUUCUAGCUUAUAUUAA